AUGCUGCGGUUGGUGGCGGCUUGCCCUGCAUCAUGUUCGGUGUGCACCAAAGACGUAACCCUCUGUCACCAGCUAACCUAUAUAGUAGCAGCCCCUGUGACCACCAGAGUUUUGAUCAGCACGGAUGGGUCCCUCUCCUCUGUGGAGAGCGCCAACCUGUCCCUCUUGUUCAAUCUGGCCCUGCUCUCCUUGAGCAGGAACGGCAUCCAGGACGUUCAGGAGGAUGCCCUGCAAGGCCUUUCGAAGUUGCGGACGCUGUUGCUGGAGCACAACCAGAUAUCCAGCGCUUCGCUCCCGGAUCAGGCCUUCAGCAAGCUGCGCAGCCUGCAGGUGCUGGCGCUGAGCAACAACGCCCUCCGCACCCUGCGCGGGGCCUGGUUCCGAAACACCCGGGACCUGACCCGGCUCCAGCUGGACGGGAAUCAGAUCACUGAUCUGACAGACAGCGCUUUUGGAGGCACAAAUCUCCGCAGUCUCAGGCACCUGGAUUUAUCUAACAAUUUCAUUUCCCACAUCGGGAGAGAUGCCUUCCGGCCGCUGCCCCAGCUGCAGGAAGUGGACCUUUCCCGAAACAGGUUGGCCCAGAUGCCCGAUGUUUUCACUCCACUGAAGCACUUAAUCCUCCUGAGCUUAGAUAAGAACCAGUGGAGCUGCACUUGUGAUCUCUACCCGCUGGCCCGGUUUUUAAGAAGCUACGUGAAGUCUUCUGCUCGCAAGCUCAGGAAUGCCAAGGACCUCAACUGCCAGCCCUCCCCCGCCGCUGUGGCCGGUGCAAACAGUGUGCUCAGGCUGUCUGACACCAACUGUGAUGCCAAGGCGUCCAACCUCACUGUGGUUCUAAAGGACAGGAGUCCCCUCCUCCCGGGGCAGGAUGUGGCCCUGCUGACUGUCCUUGUCUUUGCAGGGGCUGUUGGUCUCACUUGCCUAGGCUUAGUUGUAUUUAACUGGAAACUCCAACAAGGCAAAGCAAAUGAACACACAUCAGAAAAGCUUUGUUGCAGAACCUUUGGUGAAUCCCUGUGUGCUUAUGAGGCAAGGAAUUACCACGCUCAGGGAUACUGUAACUGCCACUUAACUCAGGAAAACAAGAUAAAGGUCACGUCCAUUGUGGGGUCCAGAAGGGAAAUGCCACCUUUACAGGGAAGCAGCCAUCAAGCAUCACUGACCUCUGAGUCCACAGCCCUUGAUGAACCAUUUAGAAACCUGAAAGGGAAGGAGCAGGAGGCCGACAGCACUUUCGUUGGCCUCGGUGGCAGAUUGCUGCAGUCAGGAUGUUCAGCGCCUCCUGGGAACACGGCCGUUUUUAAUGAAGCAGGCUUACUUACAAGAUAUUGUCCAGAGAGAGCUGAAAAUCUAAGGGACCUUGAGCCUGGGGAAGUCCAAGCUCAAAUGCUCCCACGGCACGUAACAAGAACAAUAGAUAUCAGCAGUGACAUAUUUAGUAGAAGAUAUGCAACAUCCGCUUCAGCCUUGGCAAGAGAAAGUCUUGAAAAGCAUUUAACAAAUGAGUCAUGGCAGCCUCCAAUAGAAAAAGGAGACAAUGGCUUAAAACCUCAUAGGCAGCGACAUUUUAUUACAAGCUCAUCAUCCAAGCCUUGUGAGCCUGAGGGACACUAUGUACAAAAGAUCUUACAAAAACAUAGGUCAAAAUACGAUGGUCCUUGUGAACUGUUAAAACGGAGCAGGCCCAAGUAUUUUCAGCCAAAGAAUUCUCUUAUCUGCAAAUAUGUGCCCUAUGACCAAUUUAAUGAUUAUGCAAAAGAAAGGAAGCCAAACCAUCGAGAACAUUCAAAGUCUGAGAAAGAGCAAAUCCAAAUUUAUAGAGCCAUAGAAAAAUUCCUAAUGAGUGAAGAUAACAUGGAGUUAUCAGGAUUAUCGACAAAUAUCAAGAAAACAUAUUCCCCUAAGAAUGUUAGCUCCCAUGAUCCUGGUUUAGUUGAAAAAAAUAGGUUGGUGACGUCAACCGAAGCAUCAACCCAUUCGAAACAGCAGAAAAUUCAAAGUAACCACCUGACCAACUUGAAUCUCAAAAAAUCUAGCAGUCCCCGAGAGAGAAUGGAAGGAAGAAGAUGGUUUACUGAUGCACAGAUUCCGGAAAAAAAGAGAAGUGAUCAAUCUGAACCCAGAGGGAAAACUAAAAAGCAAAAUUUAAGGAUCAAAUUAAAUUUACACCCUUUUAGAAAAGUCAGAGUCCAUCCAGAAAAGUCCUUGCCGGAACUCCCAAAGAAACGCAAACAAGCAGUGUUACCUCCUAAUACACUAUCCAAAGCUUCUGAGAAAGGAGCCAAAAUAAACCUUCUGUCCUCUGCAGAUUUCCCCCACCAGCCAGAGAGUAACGAUUAUGCUGCAGUCACCUCAAAGAGGCUGCCUCUCCAACAGGCCCCGCAUCAGACCCCCUGUUACAAUAAACACACCAAAAAGGCUCCCCUGCUCCACGCUAACAGCCUAUCUGAGGUCCCCCAGGGCUCCCUGGAAGGUGACUGUCAGCCUCCUGGUCCCAUUCCUGAUGGAAGCCCUGUAACAGCGCCUGGGCUCACACCCCAGGCAGCUGAACGUAGGCACGCCCACUCUCCAUUCUCACCUGGGCAAAUGGAGGGUGCCGCUCGCCUCACAUUGGCAGCUUCUGGUUAUUUGCCAGCUCCUCCGGAAAGUACAGGAAGUGGUCUCUUAGCAUCUGGCCAUCCCAGGGGGGCUGCCGAGCCAGGGGCAGCAGAGCCCACGGAGCACAGAGAGCAGGACACUCCUAUGACCGGGGAGCUAAACCAGGUUUCUUGGUCCUCAGAGCAUCAAGCACAACUUGUCCGUGUCCACAAGCCUGACACUUACACGGAGCAUACUGUCGAUGAAAAUCAAAGGUUACAACAUGCGGUGCAACACUCAAGUAAUGAACAACCAGGAAACGAAGAAAAAACGUUACUGACAAACCCCCAAAUAUCACAUCAGAUGAUGGAGAGCUGUGUUAUGGAUGAGGGGACUGAUAGAGAAAAAAUACUUCCUAAAACAGAAACGUAUGAUUCUGCUCUCAUUCCCCAAACGCAAUCCAAGGACAACCUAACAUUUAUGAAGACAAAUUCAGUUUGGUACCAAAAUAGACUGGAACUUCCCAAGGAUGUCGGCACAUCUCUUAGGACUCAAGGCAUUUGGCAUCUACCCAAUAGUAGCAAGAAAGACACUGACCGCACACGUGCAUUGCCCAGAGAUGAUGGCACCGAAGCGCCAGAGAUAAAAAUAGGAGGGAAAGAGGAGGGGGAAAUGCACGAUAAAAGCAAGGCGAAUUCUAGUUUGUUAAUUCAGACCAGACAGAAUACCUUAAAAAGCACCACAAAAGAAAAGUAGCAAACUUGGGAAAAUGGAAAAAGUCAAACUCUUACAUUACAUGGUUCAAGUUCUGUUGAGAUGACAAUUACCGCUGAGGAUUUGAGGACCACGAGUUCCCAUGAAACCGAAAAUAGACUACCUCCUAGUGAAACAGAUCCUCCAAUACAUAGCAACACGCACGGUUUGAGACAGGCUCAGAAAAUUCCUCCAGGUAAAGAUAACAGUGCACCCAGAGAAGGCGCAGGGAGGGAGACACAUGAAGCACGUCCCUCUUACCACAGUUAAAAGACAUUUAGUUUUGAGGCAGACAAUGAGGUGCCUCUAGUUCCUAGAAGAAGAAACGAAGCUGAAAACUCUGCUCUAAAACACACACUGUAUCCACCAUCUGCAGAACAUGCGAAUACAUCACCUUUAGGGGCAGAACAAAGGGAGCAAAAUAACUCAAGUAAUAAUCAUGUUCUACCUUAG